ACACACACACAAGAGAAAACAGUUGAAGCAAGUGGUGCCUGCUUCCUCUUCUUAUAAGAGCUACCUAAACUGCUUAAAAACUCCCCACAUCUCUCUCUUUUUCUCUUCAAAAGAUCAGUGUUAGGUUAAUUGUUGUAGUGUAGUGUAGUGUAGUGUUUAGCAUCAUGGAGAAUCAAAGAAGUUCCCUUCUUGGCUGGGCUUACUACUGCCAAGGAAAGACAAUGGAAGAACUAAAGAAUUCCCUUUUGUUCACAAGUUUGGAGCUUGAGCAAACAAGGGUAGCAGCUCAAGAAGAGCUAAGAAAGAGAGAUGAUCAAUUGAGUCAUCUUAAAGAUCUGCUUAACAAAAUCACAAGUGAGAGAGAUGAAGCAAGAGAAAAAUGCCAAAGACUUCUCCUUGAGAAGGUAUUAUAUCAACAGCAGCAGCAGCAAAAUGAUCCUCUUUCUGGGAUUUCCAGCAUUGAAGAUGAACCCAGAAGAGCAAUUGACUCUAACAACGGCUUCUCAUCAUCAGAUUGUGAAGAAAGCAUUGUUUCAUCUCCAGUCAUUGACACAAUUCCACAAACACCUCAUCUGCCACCAGCAGCAGCUCCUCCACCAACAAUAGAGGUUGUGCCUCAAAAGCCUUUACCUGAAAAGGGGAAGCUUUUGCAGGCAGUGAUGAAAGCUGGGCCUCUCCUUCAAACUCUUCUUCUAGCUGGACCACUCCCUCAAUGGAGACAUCCACCACCACCACUUGAAUCCUUUGAAAUCCCUCCUGUUACCAUCCCUCCACCACCACCACCUCCACCACCACAGCUCCUCCACCUAGACUCUUUAAUAAACAUCAAUGGUUGCAAUAGGAAGAGGGUAAUCUUUGAUGGCUCUGAUUCUCCAACAGAGACCAAGCAUCAAAGGAUACUUCUCCACUGACCAGUGACCACUACAACAACUGAGUGAAGAUUUACACACUUUUACAAUUACAUAUAAUAUAAAUAUUUCCACAAAUCAAUUUAAUUCCAGUAAAAAUUAGUGAAGAAUGGAAAAUUCAAUGGUGGGUAUGUGACUGAUCUAGCAUUUUUGUACAGAAGGUUUGAUUUAGAGAAGCUAUUAAAGUGGAGAGACAAGUAGAGGGCUUGUUUUUGGCUUCCUUUUUUUGCCAGUCUCUUGGGUUGGAGAUCGUUGCCUUUUCUUUUUUUUUUUGGCUGCAUGAUGUGAAAGGGAGAUGGGGUUCUCCAAGAUUGCUGUGGCAUGUAAAAUUGUAACUUUAGGUGCUAGUUUGAGCUUUUGAGAGAGAGAGAGAGAGAGAGAUCUCACAAUCAAGGGUGUGAAGUUGUUGGGAUUGGAAGAUGGGAGGCCAACAACCAUGAGGUCUCAUAGACCUGCCUGUCGGGUUGGGUGGAUCCCACAAAUCAGAAUCAGGAUCUACUGCUGGUGUGAUGUAUGAUUAUAUUACUCCUUUCUGGUGAAGGUGGAAAUAUAUCAUUAUAUAAUACCUAAUUUUCUUUUUAA